AUGUAUUGGAUCACUUUUAUAUUCCUUGUGCUCACGUCGAAGGAGGGUUGUGAAUCCAAGUCUGAUCUGCGAGUCCUGAAGGGCCGGGAUGCCCACGAUGGAGAAUUUCCAUUCGUAGUGAUACUCUACCAAACAUUCUAUUUUGAUAACGUGUUGAAUUGGUCAAGGAGGUGUACAGGAUCCAUGAUUUCUGAACUCUGGAUGAUAACUGCGGCGCACUGCAUGACUGAUGUCGAACUCGAAACCUUAUACGUUAUGCACACCAACUUUACCGUAUCUCCUUUAGAAAGCAAAAUGUAUACGAAAGUGAGAAAAAGGUUUAUACACCCAGCAUACCAUGAUUACGUAUUGAAAGGGUCUCAUGAGAUUAGAACAUCUUUAUAUAAUGAUGUGAGUCUGUUACUUGUGGAUAAGUUGGCUAUGAGCACCUACGGGAGACUGUUGGCAGCGGACCAUUUCACUAUUAUAGGACUACCUGUGAUAUACGUCGGUGGUGGCGACACACGUGAAACUAAGCCAGGAGUCGAUAAACUCAGAGUCCUGCAGGUCGGGGAAGCUGGGGUUGUGUCCUGCGCUGGUCGUGAUGCCCAUGAGAAGUAUGUCAUUUGUAUCGCUGCGAGGUGUGACAAUAGACACCAGAAGCCCUGGUUCGGGGAUUCGGGAGGGCCUCUGCUGUAUGAUGGUCGGAUAAUAGGCGUGUGCUCGACUAGCGUAGGGGAUGACGUGGUGAGCGAAGAGUUUUACGCGGCGAUUAGUCCUCAUUUAAAUUGGAUUCAUGACACUAUGAAGAAUAAUGUUUAAGCACAUGAGUCGCAAAUUCUAGCUUUGUAUA